GGGCGGGGGAGCCCGGAGCCGGGAGAAACUUAGCUACUAGUGUGGCAGGGUCAUGAAGAAGAGGCGGCGGCGGGAGCGAGGAGGCGGUGGUGGGGGCACGAAACUGCGGUAGCUGUCCGCAGGGCUGGUGGGGUGGCCUUGUGGGGAGGGCGUAGGCCCCAGCCCUCUCUCGGGCAGCGGCCGGGCCUCGGGGCUGAGCGCGGCCGUGGAGCCGCCUCCCCGGGACCCCUGGCUCCGCCAUGUUCCGCAGGGCGCGCCUUAGCGUGAAGCCGAAUGUCAGGCCCGGUGGUGGCGCCCGGGGCUCCGCUGCUGCCAAGCCGCAGCGUGGCCAGGAGGCCGCCAGGCCACCGGAACCUGCCGCGGAGCCCGCUCCGAAGCCAGUGGAGCCCGCAGAUGUGCCCGCCGCGGAUUUCGGGGGAGCGGAACCCCAGGAAAAGGCUCCCACGAGCAGUAGUGCUGAAAAGAUUGGUGGUGAAAAUAAUGUUGAAGAAUCCUGUACAUCAUCCUCUUCUGUUUCCCAGCAGAGAAGGCGACUAUCAAGUACUUCCAGCCUGGCUAAACCUAGUGUCAGUGUUCCUCCACAGUCUCCUCCCUCAUCUACAGUUAAUCAGGGUGUUCCACAGCCAAAACCCGUUCCAACAAAAGAGAAACAGCCAUGCUCAGACAGAUACCGAAUAUACAAAGCCCAGAAAUUACGGGAAAUGUUAAAAGAAGAAUUGAGAAAAGAGAAGAAACAGUGGAAAAACAAAUAUGCCAUAAAUGAAAGCCAGAUGCCUCCUGAUCGUUCAAAAAUGACCAUGAGAGACUUCAUAUAUUACCUACCAGAUAGCAAUCCAAUGUCUUCUUCACUGGAACAAGAAAAGAAAACUGAAAAAUUAUUGGCUCCAGUCCAGACAAGAGACAGGCACGAAAGUCAGAGUGCUCUUGAUGCGGAAGACAAUGAAGCAGUGGAAGAGGAGACGGAUGAUGGGCCGUUGCUGGUUCCGAGAGUGAAAGUGGCCGAGGAUGGUUCCAUUAUUUUGGAUGAGGAGAGUUUAACUGUAGAAGUUUUAAGGACAAAAGGCCCCUGUGUUGUCGAGGAAAAUGACCCUAUAUUUGAGUGUGGUUCUACAACUACGUAUUCCAGCUUUAGGAAAAACUAUUACUCUAAACCAUGGUCAAAUAAAGAAACAGAUAUGUUCUUUCUAGCCAUCAGCAUGGUAGGAACUGACUUUUCCAUGAUUGGACAACUUUUUCCUCAUAGAGCAAGGAUAGAGAUUAAGAAUAAAUUUAAACGUGAAGAAAAAACAAAUGGGUGGAGAAUAGACAAAGCGUUCCAAGAGAAACGCCCUUUUGACUUCGAUUUUUUUGCUCAUUUGCUCCAGAAAGUUCUUGCGGAAGAAGAGAAAAGAAAACAAAAAUCAGCUAAAAAUCAAGGUGUAAAGAAGAAAUCGUCCAAACCACGAAAAAAUGUAAAAGUGAAAAAAGUUACGAGUGAAGUUGUGGAUGAUGAUCCAGAUGAAUGUGUUAGUACGAAAAUUUCAGACACGGAAGCAUCUCAAAGGGAUGCUCAGGUAGUUGCAGAAGAGGACUCUCUGACUUCAUCAGGGCAGGGUGUAGAAGCUGUAUCAGAACAAGACCAAAGUCAAAAGAAAAGAAGAAGGAAGAAGAACCAAGAUGGAGCAAAUGAGCAGGAAGCACAAAGUCUUUCAGGAAAUGCUACUAUUCAGGCAGGUUCUUCUGAAGGAGGAAAGCAGAAGAAUGAAUGUCAGUCUUUAAGGCCUGAGGCGAAUGAAAGUGAGUACAGUAAGGAGCACACGCUGUCUUGCACACAGAACCUGGAUGACAGUGUGGACGUAGUCUCCAGUGAAAGAGUUGAGGAGAGAAAUGACCCCAUCCUUUCUGCAAGUCAUCCACAGGGCAGCACGCCAGCAACAGCCGAGUCCUGUGAAUCCAGCCCUUCGGCCCUGUCUCUGUCAGAAGUUGGGAUCACAGCACUGUGUGAGGCGAGUCCCGCCGAGCAGACUUGUACAAAAGAAAGAAAUGUUGACCAAAAGAGUAAAUCCCUGGAAGCUGAUAAAGCAGAAAAUGUUAAACUGGUGUUGAGAGGUCGACUCCAGAGACCUAAACCCAAUCUGUCAAGGGCGGUUGGGAAGAAGCCAGUUCCUUCACAAGGCAAAACAGACGCAGAGAAUGAGAGUUCACAUUCAGAAACCUCCGCUGAAAAGAAUCACAUGGAAAAGGAUAAAAUGAAUACAUUUGACAGUGGUGGAGUGGAAAAUACAGAAAAAGAGAACCCAAAAGCUGAAACUAUGUCUAAUGUAAGUGGAAAAACUUGUCUCCUGGGUGAUAAUCAGCCGAAGGCUCCCAGACCUGCACGAUUGCUGAGGGGCCGAUUACAAAGACCAAAGCCAAAUGUAGGGAAAGCUGCAGAGGGAAAAGGAACAGUCACAUGCCAAGAAGAAGGUGGAGCCAGUGGGGAGGAGAAUCCCAGUGAAUCACCUGUUAACAAAGAUAUACCUCAGUGGAUGGAAGAUCAGUCACGUAAAACUUCAGAGUGUGAAGACCUCCUAAAACAACCUGAGACGAAACACACUUCUUUUCACAAUGUGCAGCCACAGGAGCACAGGGCACUUAAUGAGUGUCUAAGCAUUCAAGAGGAUAAUCGAGCAAAUGUACUCAAACAGGUCCCAGUUGUAAGAACUCGUUUUCAGAAACCAAAGCCAAAUAUAGUGAGAGGAAUUGGAAGAAAAGAUAUUCCUUCAAAGGAAGAGGUACCAGAGGAGAGUCUUGUCUUUGGGGAAGGGACAGCAGGGAUGAGAGAACUUGUGAGACCAGACACCUCACCAGGGGAGAGCAUUCCAGUGGUCACCACUGCUACUUCUAAGGAAAUGCAGUCAGAUUUAAGAGAAACUGGAAAAGGAGACAUCUCUCCCAGUGAGAACAUACAAGAGGGGACUGAUGUCACUGUGGACGUGGGGACAGGGUUGAAAGCAGCUGGGAUGAAGAGUCCCCCAAGAGAGAAAACACCAGAAUUGACUGAUCCCACUGGGGAAAUAGAGACAAAUUUGGAGGAAAGCAGAAGAAAAAUAUUCCCACAGGAACAUGACCCAGAGGAGAUCAAGACUAUAGGUGCAAUAGAAACAAGACUGCAAAAAACUGGAAGAGAGAUCGCGGCAGGGGAGAGGAGGCCAGAGAUGACUGAUGUUGCUGAGGAAAGACAGAUGAAUUUGGAAGAACCUGGAAGAAGAGAAAUACCUGUGACAGGAAAGGUCCCAGAGGAGGUCAGAACUAUAGGUGAAAUGGAAACAGAUUUGAAAGACCUUGAAGAAGUUUCCCAAGGGGAGAAGGUACUAACAGAGGUCAGUACUCUAGGGGAACGGGAGAUGGAUUUGAAAGAAACUGGACAAGGAGACAUUUCCACGAUGGAGACAACUUUAAGAAAGAUGACCGUCACUGAGGAAACAGAGGCAGAUAUGAAAGAAACUGAAAGAGAAAUUUCUUUGAGGAAGAAAGGCGCUGAGGAGAUUGGUGGUGUUGAGGAAAUGGUGGCAGAUUUGGAAAAAACUGGAAACACGGACAUUUCUCCAAGAGAAAACAAACUGGAGGAGCCUGCUACCUCAGGACAGACCGAGACAGAUACGCUGCAGAAGAGGAGUGCUGACCGCAGCACUGAGCCUUCCCCGGACGUGAGACACAUUGCCAGUGAAGUACAGCCAGUGGUGCACACAUCUACAGAAGGAAGUAUUUCUGAAAAGGAACGGUCAGAUCACUUAUGUUGUUUGAAGAUUGUUUCACAGACUUCUGAAUUUGGUAAAACAGACGACCAGGGGAUACAACCUCCAGAUGUUCCCGAGCACUUUUUAGAUACUAAUUUAAGCAAAUCUCUUCCUCAAGAACAGAAGCCACUUGAAGUGAAACCAGCACCUUUUGUGAGAAGUCGAUUCAAAAAACCAAAGCCAAACUUAGCAAGAGCAGCUUCAAAGAAAGAGACUACAGACACAGAGAAAUAUGUGCCUGAGAAGAAGCUGGAAACAAAUCAGAUGGAAACCAUUGCGAUUCAGGAGGACAGUGAACAAGCUAAUCCUUUCCCUUCUCGACCUGAUGCGACUUCCCUAAUGACAUCAAGAGAAAAAGAUAAACCAGGUGGUGAGAAGGAGGCAGCUGUGCUGUUACAAUGUAUACAGACUGAGAGGGACAGCACCCCAGCAUGUGCUUGUGAGCUCACAGAGGGUUCUCAGUCGGGGCAGACCCAGGAAAAUGACUCAGCCGCUCCCAUGGGGAUUCAAAAGAUAAACACUUCCCAACAAGAAAUGAAGGAAAGUAUUACUCAAAUGGUUCUACCAACGAGGGCCCGACUUCAGAGGCCCAGACCAAAUGUAAGAAAUGCUAGACAUAGGCAAGUAGUAGAAAGAAGUGAAGCCAAAGGAAUGAUGAAAGAUGAAGCAACAGUGCUACAAAAAGAUGAAACUAACAAGAAAUCGCUGACAGUGUCAAAUUCUCAAAUUGAAACUGAAAUUGAAGUUGUAUCCUCCAAAGUUUCUGAAUGCAGUAUGGAUGAAAAUCGAAGCCGUGAGGUUCCUGCAGAAAACCUGAAUGUGAACCAAAGAAAUAUCUCAGAUGAAAAGAUGAAACAUGAAAAUAAGCCAUGUGUUCCUAGUCCAGCACAGCUGAUAAGAAGGAAAUUCCAAAAGACUAAGCCAAUUUUGGGACGGGCGCGCAGUAGAAAAGUAGAAGAAGCAGGUAUAGACAAAGGCCCAGUGGAUCAGUGUGGAGCAAGUAAACCAGAAGAUAAUUCGCUGCAUCAAGUGAAUCCUGACACCCAGCUCCAUCUAAAAGGAGAAGCUGAAAUUGUGACAUCUCCGGAGGUUUCAGUAAGAAAAGAUGGUAAAGGUUCUGAAGAGCCUGUUUUGGCCAGAAGAGAUGCUCAAUUAGAAACAGUGGGACCAUCGGAAAGUUUUAGAGAGGAAACUGUGGAAGAUAACUCUGUGUCUUCAAUUGUUGAAGAGCAGCAUUUCAGUAAACUAACAAGUGGUCCACAACUGCUGAAAGAAUCACAUUACUGUAGAACUGCUCUGGAUGGAAGAGCAGCGAUCUCUUCUGCCUCUGGGAGUGAGACAGAUCAGAGUGAAAGGAGAACGCAGAGGAAAACCAAAGCCAGUGUCCCCAGAGGGCGUGGAACCAAGCGAGCUCGGGCUAAGACCUCUAAGAGGGAGCCGAGGGCCCCCAAAGCCGUGCUGGUGACUCUUCGGGCUUCCCAGGAGGAAGAUGACGCCGACGCUCAGGACUUUGAGUCUGACUAUGAGGAAGAGAGCUACCACCUUGCCCCAGAGGAAGUAAACAAAGCACCAGUGUUUGUCCCUUUUGGACUCAGAUCCCCUGAGCCAGUUUCUGCUCAGAUCGAGGAAACAAUGGAAGAGCUGGAAAUAACCGUGAACGUUGCUGAUGUCGGAUGUGUCACUGUUGUUGAACAUCAGCCCUCAAACGCAGAUACGACUGUUGAGAAACCAGAGCAAGAAUAUCAUUUGAAUGUGCCAGUUGAAAUGACCACAGGUGAACAGACCCAGGACGAAGCAGGUCCCAGCGAUGGGAGCACGGAAGCGGCCAUAACCUUACUCACCAUGGGAGACCUGGUACUGCAGUCGGGGAUGAGCGCGGAGCAGGCUGAUGGAGUAUGUGUAUUUUCUGAUGUUCAUUCAAAGGAUAAAAGGCACGUUCCUUUCAGCCCAGAUAGUGUCAGUCACAAAGUUGUUCCUGAGUGUCAGGAGCUCUCUUCACCUGUCAUUGACACGUCCUCUGCAUCUGAAGAAAACAAGGGUGUGUCCGGGGGACAGGACUGUAGAGAAGAAGCUGGCUUAAAGGGGAAGGCAGUGGAGAACACAUCAACCAGGAGUAUAGCUUCUGAAGUGGAUAGUAACUUGCAAGUGAGAAGUACACUCACCAGGCCUGAGCCAAAUCUGGAGGUGUUAGUGACCAGCAGGACUGAUGCUUAUCAGGAAGUUUCCACUGCAUCUGAAGGAGAAGAAGUAGAAAAUCAAAAAGAAACUGAGGACAGUGCUUCCAUAGCAGCAGAAGUGGAAGAUAAAAACUCUGGGCCAGUCACAACAGCAGAGAGUCAGGAGCAGAACCAGUUGGCAUGUGUGCAGGAUAUCAGAGGGACCAGUAUUUCACAAGAAGCAAACCCAAGCAAAAGAAGUGAGGAUCAAGAAGAGAGCUCUCAAGAGGUUCAGACGUUGCCAGUUGCUCCCGUUGUCUCCUCUGAGGCAGGGCCCCCCCCACUUGUUUCCAGUGGGGAUCUCGGUGAGAAUUCUGUUGAAGAGCCCCUGAUAGAGGACACUAAAGGAUACAGCAGGCCCACACUUCGUGCGCCAGAGUGUACACCAGCUGGUGUUCUGGAAGUGCAGCAGGAGAAUUUAACCAACACUCAAGACCUAACAGCGAAUCUGUUUGCAAAUGUGCAUCAGGAUGGAGAGGAUGAGCAAGCGUUCAUUCUGACCCUGGUGGAGAUCCCAGCCGGUGCCGCGGAAGAGUUCCCUGAUGCUGCCGCACAGUUAGCGCCGAACCCCAUGCUGCCUGCGCCCAUCCUGGUCAAAUCUGGCAAUCCUGAAGAGAGGGGUGACACUAGUAUGACCUUACCAAUAACUUCAUUUGGUGAAGAUGCUGUGUGUUUAUCUAAUUCUGAACGAGAUGAUUCUGAAAAGCCUCCUGCUAAUUUGGAUCUUACAUCGAGGAAGAGAUCACACUGCAGGCUUGGUGAAAGCGACCAAGCUCCUCCUGCCAAAAAAAGUUCACUUGCUGUAGGAAAUGAUCUGCUGCAGUGCUCCUCUGAGGUGUGUUCAAAGGAAUUAAAAGUUUUUGACGAAUCAGGGGAAUCUUACAAAGAACAAGGUAUUUCCACCAUCUCAAAAAGCACACAUGCAACUCCAGAACCUCAAAAAGAACAACUUGAACUAGCUUUUCAGAAUAUAGAAUCUAGAUCUCUUGAUGAAAUCAUGGAUACAUGUAUAGAAAAGAAUAUGCCUCAGUUGUCUCAGGAUGACAUAGUUAUGUGUGAUAAAGAAGAAAGAACUGAUGCUGCUUCUAAGCCUGAACAGAGGGGAGGCAGAACAUCGUCUUCAAAAGCUCCGCUGUCCAGGCCUGGCAGAAGACCACUGGGAUUUUUAGCUUUAAUAUGUUCAAAGAAUAAUUUGGAGUCCGAUGAACCUACUCAUGUCCGUAGUAAAAAACGCUUAAAACCUCUUCUACCUGUAUCAAGGCGGAAUUUGAAACGAUCUAAACCACCUGGUGAAACCCAGAAAAAAAAUCAGGAGUCCUCUGAUGUGCUUCCACCUCCAAGUGAGGUCCCCAGUGCUCAAGCUGAGGCUCCUGGCAGCUCAGCAACUCAGGCUUCCCGUGAUCGGCCGUCACUGACAGAAGAACGUAGAAGUGGCCAAAAGCAGGCACCUGAAACAGAGGAGCCAACCACAGUGUCGGAAUAUUUCUUCGGGGAUAUCUUCAUCGAAGUGGAGGAGGCAGAAUAAAGCCUGUGCGGUUUUUUCUUUUCUUUUUUUCCCCUUUAAAUCUAGGAUUUCCAGAGCCAGUUGCAGCAACCAAGCAGUAUUUAGAAAAAAGCAUCACUGUUUACUUUUCUUUAGGUCAGUUUUGAAUAUUUAAUGAACUCGAGUUGAAACGUUCAUCAUCAGUGGAAGCACUGCCGAGUUCUCUCAUUCUGGCUGAUGGGGCGUUUCGGAAACACCGAGCAGCGGUGGCUGCGCUGCGUCGGCGCGGGGACUCUGUUCUGUCUCCACUCUGCCGCCCGGAGCCGCGCGCCUGCCUGACCCUGCGGGACAAGUGUGGGGAAGCGGUCGGAGAAGCCGCGGCACCAUCUUACUGGGAGUUGAUUGUAUUGACUGCUUAGCAAACUUCCUUUGUAAAAUUUUGUUCUCUUUUCUUUGCUUCUUGGGGGGAUGAUGAAGGCCUUUUCAGUUGCCUAUUAGUAUACAAAAUUGUCAAUCUCCACUUCAGUAUGUGACCUUUAAAAUUUUUCUAUUAUCAGCUAUUUGUCUGAAAAACACGUAUUUUUCUAUUUCAUGGUGAUGUAACAUUAGUCCUAAUUGAAGAACUAGUAUUUAAACUUAAUAUUUAUAAAGAUGACAAAUCAAAGAGUUUAUUUAUUUUUAAAUUUUUUAUUUAAAAGGAUAUUCAGUUUUUAAUUAUUUUCACCCCUCAGAAUGUGUGUAAAGAAGGCAUUAUUAACAAAUUUGUAUUUGUCUCCUUUUCCUCUUCAAAGAUACUUAAAAUGAUAUAACUAGAAAGUUUUGGCAAGUUUUUUUUUUUUUUCAUUUUUUAUUUUUUGAUUCUUUUGAGACAGGGUCUUGCUGUGUAGUUCAGACU